AUGGCUGAAAACAUGGUGAAUUUGACCAAAAACAUUAUUCCUGAAAGCACUGGUGUUAUUCUGCUAAUCGACCACGAUGCUAUAUCAGUCUCAUCUCUCAUUUCAAUGCUUAAACAAAUAUCACAUAAAGAUGUUAUGAGUGUGAAUGGAGCAAGCGAGGCUAUAUCGGUUAUCGGAAAACAAAAAGAUAUUGGACUUGUUAUAGCCAACGUUGAGCUGACCGACUCAAAUUAUUUUCUCACUGCCAUGCACAACAAAGAAAUUCCUCUUAUACUGAUUGGUACAGAGAUAAACAUUAAGGAAGCAUCAGAUCUUUUGACAAAAAGAGCCUGUUUUUGUCUGAAGAAGCCAAUUUCUGAAAAUGACAUCGACAACAUGUUGCAACAUGUGGUACCUAAUAAAAGGCAAGAGUGGGAGAAAAUCAACGUAACUGAAAAACGAGAGAACGUUGUGGAAGAAAGUAUGAGGCAGAUCCAAGCUUUCAGAGACCACAUAAGGAGGCAGGGAUCAAGUCAGUCAUCUUUGCUAGGAAGACGACCACUCAACAAAACAUUCACAUCUUCUGAAAUGUACCGAAACGGAAGAAGCAUAGAAAAUGUUGAGAGACGCAAAAAUGUAUGGACUCGUGACCGUCACAUGAAGUUUUUAGCUGCUAUAUCCAUCUUGGGUGAAAAAGAGUCUCGUCCCAAACCCAUAUUAGAGAUCAUGAAUGACUCAAACUUGUCUCAACGCCAAGUUGCUAGCCAUCUUCAGAAAUACAAAUUUCAAGUUGAGAGAAUUAGCAAUACAUUGACGAGGAAUGAAUGGAAAUCGACGGAUAAAACAUUUCAUUAUCCUUCAGAUUAUGUGUAUCCUUUCAAAGCUUCUAACUUAACGAAGAAUAUCAUCGAAAGUAACUCUAUGUGGUAUUCCCUGAGAAGAAAAAAAUGUUCCUCAUCAUCUACUGUCCAAUAUUCAUUUGAAAGAUCUGCUGCUGAGAGGAAGGGCAAAAUGCCAAAGUUUCAUCUAGAAGAAACAUCGGGUCUGCAUAGUCACUCACUUUUCGGUAACAUUAUUAAAAUAAAAUUAUACAUAAACUUUAAUUAUGUUCCUUCAGCCACAAAUAAUGACCCAUCUUACAAUCAUAUCUCUCAUGUGCUUUCAGGUUCAAGUGUUGGUGCAUCUAGUUUAGAUGCAUUCCAAAAGGAAUCUGCUCAGAUUUGUAUUAAUCCUAACCCUUCUCAGCCAUCUAGCUAUGUUCUUGAAACCAAUAGGAACCCACUAGAUAUGAACCAAAUGGGUACGGUUUCUCUAGGAGAAAAUCAUGGUUUUUCUCAAGAUACGAUUUUAACUAAAUCAAACCAUUUGGGUUUGGUGUCUGGUGAAACAAGUCAUAUUGAAACCCCACUUGAAACCGAUAUAAACCAAAUGGAUUGGGAUUGGAUUUUUGCUGAGGCGGAUUAUGCUAUUCUUGAAGAUAUGACUGUUUCUGAAACCAAUAGAACCCAAGUGGGUUUGGGUCCUAGUGAAACAAGUUUUGCUGCGUUGGACAAUGUAGCUCCUCCUGAAAAUAAUACGAACGAGAUAGAGUUGGUUCCUUACCAGGAAGGUAAUGAUAUUCCGAUUGAAGAUCUGGUUUCAUUUGAUACUGAUAUCAGCGAGAUGGACUUGGACGCAUGGUUGGAAAACUAUGAUUCUUUUCAGAGAGAUGUUCCCUUGCCGGGUAGUUUCAUCAACCAUGAUCUUGCCUUCACCCCGGCUACAAGCCAGCAUCAAAAUAUAGAAGCCACAAAUCCAAGGGAGGUUAUAGAAGGAGGCAAUCAUUUGGAUGAUGAUUCAGAUCAGAACCUGGAUUGGAUCGACGAUAUUUUUGCAUGACAUGUGUUUUAUCGGUGUGAAGGAUAGGAUAAGAUUUA